AUGGCCACUUCAAGCUUUCCUCUCCGUGGAGAUCUGCUUUCCAAUGCCGCAAGACUCAAGACUGCUCGAACUGCACGCCUUGCCAGUUGGGAUCACAGUGGCAAGAACGAGGAUGCCUGGGUUAUCCAGCCCGGCGAGAGCGCUAUCCUCGCCGACAUCGAGGGUCCAGGCACCAUCACACACUUGUGGUUCGUCCAAACGUGCCGCCGCAUAGUCGGACCUGGACUGAUCCCUUACUCCAAAUCGGGUGUGGCCAUGAUGGAGGUUCACAAUGCCCUUGGACUUAGUUUCGAGGUUAGCGAUCCCGAUUACUAUCGAAACGUCAUCAUCAAGAUGUACUGGGAUGACUCGGAGACCCCAAACGUCAUUGCGCCCAUCGGAGACUUCUUCUGUUUGGGACACUCCAUGGCCGCCAACUUCCAGUCUCUGCCCUUCACUGUCUCUGUGAAGCCGUCGGAGGAAAAGAAGUUUGGAGGCGCCGCUGCCUUCAACUGCUAUCUUCCAUGCCAUUCAACAAGCGAGCUCGGCCAGGAGGCCUACUUCCAAUACUUCUACAUUGACUAUGAGCUCCAUCCAGAGCCACUGAGCAAGGAUACCUUGUACUUCCAUGCCCAUUGGCGACGAGAGAACCCAACCAACGGCUGGGCGCCACAGGACCUUCAGACAAAUAGUUUGGAAACGCAGGUACCCAAUCUCGAUGGAAAAGAUAACUACGUUAUUCUCGAAACAGAAGGGGCCGGCCAGUACAUUGGCUGCAAUCAUAGUGUGGCACACUUCCAGGGCACCUGGUGGGGAGAGGGCGAUGAUAUGAUUUUCAUCGACGAUGACACUUGGCCUCCUUCCAUGCAUGGCACAGGUGGCGAGGACUACUUCGGUCAGGGAUGGGGCAUGCAGAAGAAUGCGUACCCAUUCUGCGGGAGCAUCAUUCACGAGGAGGACGCCCCAAACCAUCAAGUCUCUUACCACUGGCAUCUAGUCGACCCCGUCCGGUUCAGCAAGAAGAUCAAGGUCACGCUGGAGACGGGCCACGCCAAUCACCUCCGCGACGACUGGUCGACGACGGCGUACUGGUACCCGAUGCUCCCAGGCCCAAAGCUGGAUAUUUUACCUGCCGAGAAGCGAGUCGCAUGCAAGCCCGAGAUCCCUGCUGGCGAUCACCCAUCACCACCUAAGAUUGAGGCCCUUGACCCGCUACGCAAGUCUCUGGUAGAGCAGCGUCAGGACCGCCUCGAGGCCUUUGUCAAGGAUCGCGAGGAGUGGCUUGAUCGGAGAGCUCGCGAUUCUCGGCAGCGGUCGAAGAAAAACAUCGAGGAUGCAAAGGCGCUUCGGCAGCGCUGGCUCCAGGGUCUCUCAAAGGAUCAAUAA